GUUUUCAAUUAACUUUCUAAUGCUUACGCUGAUACAGGUAUUGUAGUGAUUUGUGUCACAGGCUAAGCUUAGCAGACACGCAGAGAAAUACAUUUAUUUUUUUAUGAGUGACUGGAUACAGUACCGUGUCUCGUUUAAAAUAUAAGUUACUUUUCAAACUAAGUGAAUGGUUAAGGUAGUUAGCAACAAACUAGCUCAGAAGGCUAGCACAGCGUAGGUUUCGAGCUCCAAUAGUAGUUUAGCAUUUUCUUUAAGCCCCGCCUACGCUCGUUUCUAUUGGCCGAGAGACGCUGGAGUCAUGUGUCGUUGCCACGCCUGAGCUCCGUGAAUGGCUGAACAAUCUGUCAAUCAUAUUCUCCCCACUUGUUGCUAGGGAGAUUGUUUGAUGCUAGCUACAGCGGAAGUAGGUAGUCCUAAAAUACCAGCAGGGGUACCUGUCACUUUUUAGGGUAAACAGAGAUGCAUGUUUACUAGCUAAUGUGGCAACGCGUCGUACUGUAGCUACUUUAAAGUGAACCACAAGGGCAUUAUACACGUUUAGCAGCGGUAGCCGGGUCUCAAAACACAAGGUAGCUAACGGCUAACGUCACCGGGACGAAGAUAGUCGCAGCUGUUUGAGAGGAGGGAGAGGAGGGACCCUGCCUUCCUGCUCCCAACGCUGUCGUUGCUGCGUGUGCUAGCGAGCCCAGCGAGCUUUCUCGACUCUCCCGUUCACCUUCAGCAGCACAUGCAAGGCGUAGUUGUCCUGUCAAGGGUGGGGUGAUGCCUAAAGCUCUGUGUCCAUCACCUCUGGUCUGCUGAAUUGCCGAGAAUGAGAAGGCAUUGCGCGGUGCGAGCCGACAUCACUUCUCUAGUCUUGGGAGGAUGGAGUGGUUGCAGUGGGCUAGCAAGUCCUCUUUCUCAUUAACUUGUGCUUAAUGCAAAUGUAGGAAGGACUGGGAAGAUGAGAACCUUAUGAAGAGCAAAGCUUUGAGUACAGACUGGACUCUGAGAGUGGGAACCUCAUCUUGGAUCUUAUGAACCUUCAAAACAUACACAAUCCAAUUGAAGACCCUUCCCCCCUUUAAGUAGUUUUCAUGUUCAUGUAUCUAUCUCUGUCUUUUAGUGGUAGUACAGAAGUAUUGAUCCCAGGUUGUUGGCCCCGUUUUUGUUUUUAUUUUUUACUUUCACCUUUUGUUCCUUUGUAAAGAAAUGCUUUACCUGAAAAAGUACUUCACAGAGGGCCUGAUUCAGUUCACCAUCCUUCUGAGUCUCAUUGGGGUGCGGGUGGACGUUGACACCUAUCUAAGCAAUCAGCUGCCCCCACUGAGAGAGAUCAUCCUGGGGCCUAGCUCAGCCUACACCCAGACACAGUUUCACAACCUGCGCAACACGCUGGACGGCUAUGGCAUCCAUCCAAAGAGUGUGGACCUGGACCAUUUCUUCACGACUCGACGGCUGUUAAACCAGGUGCGCCAGCUGGAUCGCCUCUCCGUGCCCUGUACAGAGCUCAACACCUGGCUAGUGCACCGCGAUUCGGAGACUGUGGUGUCUGCGAGCAGCCAGUCCAGCCCCAGCAUCACCCUGGACAAUGGGGCCGGCCUAGAGGACGUUAACAACCCUGACGCUACCCCGGCCAUGAGGGGAGGAAGUGGAACACCUGAAUCCACGUACAACCUGAACGCAGCGGACAGCAGCCUGGGAGCUGUGGCCCCAGAGGGCAACCAGGAGCAGGGCAACAGGGAUGGCAAUGACGACCUCACCAAAGAGGACAUUGACUUGAUUGACAUCCUAUGGCGGCAGGACAUUGACCUCGGUGCAGGAAGAGAAGUGUUCAACUACAGCAACCGUCAAAAGGAGAGCGAGGAGGAGAAGCCCAGCCCACAAGAGAACAAAAAUGGGAACGAGGAGCAAGAAAGCUGGAGAAAUGGCGUAAACUUACAAGAGGCUCAGCCAGUGGACGGCGAGACUGGAGAGAGCAUUCCUGAGCAGCUCACAGCUCUCGGCUCACAGACGUCACUGUCUCUUCAAGAAUGCCUGAGGCUGUUGGAGGCUACGUUUCCAUUUGGAGAAGAAACUGAGUUUCCAGCCCCAGUUGUCACUUCGGAAAUAUCGGUUUCCAAUGAGGAAGUUCCUUCUACGUCUCAGGGCCUCCCUCUGGCUCCACAGCUGCCCUCAGAAGAGCCUCAAUUAGACCUGGAGCAGCAGUGGCAAGACAUCAUGGCCAUCAUGGAGUUACAAGCUAUGGAAGUGAACAGUACGCAACACACCGACUCCAGCAGUGUAAGCACCACAAGUGCGACCACCGAGUCAAACACUGCUGGAAGCUUUGGACUUUCUACUCGCUCAACGCCAAUAAACCAGGAUGUCAGCCUCCACCAGGCCUCCCUCCCCAGCUGCAGCCAAGACUUCCCCCAGAUUUUCAACCCACAGCUGGACUCUGUAAGCGUCCCCCCGAGAACCACCAUGCUGAGACUUUCCUCCAACAAUUCCACCAACAUCAACUCCACGUUCGGCACCACAAACCUGACCGGCAUCUUUCUCUCGCCGCCGAUAAACAGCACCAGUAACAACAUCACGUCCACGCCCAUUUUGCCCGACCCGUUCAGCACCCUGCUGGAGGAGUCCAUGCUCGACGAAAUCAGCCUGCUGGACCUCGCCAUGGAGGAGGGCUUCAGCCAGGCGCAAGCGUCCCAGCUGGAGGACGAGCUCGAUUCAGACUCCGGCCUUUCCCUGGACUCCAGCCACAGCCCGGCCUCGCCAAGUAGCUCCGAGACAUCCUGCUCGUCUGCAGCUUCCUCCUCCUCAACAUCUGCCACUUUCUCUGAGGAAGGAGCGGUGGGCUACAGCACCGACUCCGAGGUGACCACCGCGGAGCCGGAAGAAGGCGCCGUCGGAGGCUACCAGCCCGGGUACAGUAAGCUCUGCCGGAUGAGCUACCAGGACCCCUCUCAGUUCCACAGCCUCCCUCAGCUCGACAGCAUCAGCCACAACCACACGUACAACCUGCCGCUUUCCUCCGCCUUCUCCGAGCACCCAGAGCUCCCCAUCUCAACCGGGAAGAAGACUGUUCGCGACAAGCAGAGCUCGAAGCUUCAGCCCGCUCAGGACUUAUUCGACAAGCACUCAAGCCGCGACGAGCGCCGAGCCCGUGCCAUGAAGAUUCCCUUCUCCAACGAAAAGAUCAUCAAUCUGCCCGUUGAAGAGUUCAACGAGCUCCUAGCCAAGCACCACCUGAGCGAGGCCCAGCUAGCGCUCAUCCGCGACAUCCGCAGGCGCGGCAAGAACAAGAUGGCGGCGCAGAACUGCCGCAAGCGCAAGCUGGACACUAUCAUAAACCUGGAGCAGGGCGUCCACGACCUGAGGCGGGACAAGGCCCGUCUGCUGAAGGAAAAGAUGGAGUUCAUCCGCUCCAUCCGGCAGAUGAAGCAGAAGAUGCAGAGUCUGUACCAAGAGGUGUUCACUCAGCUGCGCGACGAGGAGGGCCGGCCCUAUCCUCCCAAUGAGUACUCGCUUCAGUACAGUGCAGAUGGCAGCGUGCUGAUCAUGCCCCGCGGCGUGACCACUGCCGAGCAGAACCGUAAACCAGAGAAAAAACAAAAAGACAAAAAGAAGUGAGGGGGACUGAACUGCUCUUUAUUCUAUCACUUUGCUAAAUCAAGAAAGAUUUCUGCAGAUGCAAGAGAGAUGUCCUUUUUUCCUUUAAGAAGAUUCUGGUGAGUAGAGAAAUGGCAUUGUUGACUACUCUUCCUGCAUUAGUUUCUCCUUUUUCAUUCUGUUCCUACAUUUUCUUUUCCUGGAAACUACUUUGAAGCAGAAGUAGCACUUCGUUUGAGUACUGAUAUUUCAUUAUUUAGACGAGGAGAAGAGGGAAAUAAAAAGGACAUAAAAUGAGCUUUUAGGGAAAAAAAGCUGCUCUUGAUCCUUUUGCACCAAACCACUGAGGAUGGAGAAGAUUUAUAGGGUAAAAGAAGGGACUGGUGUCGUGAGAAAUGGAAAUAAAAAAAUAAAAAAACAAACAAAAAAAACAAUGUCAACAAGGAUGGUUGGAGUACCUAUGCACCGAAGGUUUUACAGGACUAUCAGAUCACAUCCCACCAUGGAGAAUUUAAGUGAUUCCCAUAGUCACUGAGGCUUUUAAGUUGCAAAUCUUCAAGCAAAGAACAGCGUUUGUUUGUGAGAGUUUAGAUACCAAAGGCUAGAGCAAGUUUAAGGAUGCCAUUAACACCCAUGCUAACCGAAGGUUGUAUGGUGCACAUCACGUGAUCUGUAAAACAUCUUAAAUGCUCAAACGCUGCACUCUAAUUCUGCAGGUUUGUUCGACAAACGUCCGUUUUUGUGUCAGUUUGUCGUAAGCAUCUAAGGUGAGGAGGCCCUGAAUAGAUUGAUGUGUGGAAGUAGGGGACGAGAGGGGGACGAGAGGAGUCGGGAGGAGUUCACGGGGCUGGCAACCGCUAAAAAAAGGGGGGGCCCGGAGGUGAAGUAGUCCUGCAAGAGGAGCAGCUGCGAGGUUCUAGAGAGGAGGCACACUGCGUCGCAAAAUGUAUCAACUUCCUUAUAAAUUAUACAUAGCAUUGUAAUUUGUCUUUAAAAAGGCUUGGCUGUAUGCAUUUUGCCGUGUCUGUUGCUAUUCCUUCGCUGCAGGUUUUAAACGCGGGAGCUCUUAUUAACUGUUCAUAAUCUGUAGUAUAAGCAAGGUUAUAGGUCGAAGCCACUUCAGCUUUACGUAAGAGUCCACGCCCUCGGAGUUGAUUUGAAAACUUGACGCUGAUCACAAGAGGAACUUUAGAUGACGGGCCGGGAGCUCCGAAAGAGUACUGUAUGAUUACAACCAGCUCCAGGCUGUCACAAAUCAAACUUAUUGAUUAUUUGAUUUGUUUUCCUGUUCAGUUCCUCGGCUUUAAAACAUCAACAUGAAGUCACCUGAUACUGUGGCGUAGCGAUAUCCCUUUUAACGUUUAAACCACCUGAAGCCACUCGAGGACUUUUUUUUUUUUUUUUUUUUUUUUUAAACUGCUGUAAAGCCGAGCUGUUGGCUUAAAUAUUGUGUUUUUUUUUUAUUUUGUGAGUGUGUUGAUAACGGAGUGAGCCACGAGAGACAGAGGAUACUGGAAUGCGUGGAGUAAGUGAUGUGGCCACUUCGAUUUGAAUGCCUUUAUUUCACAACCUUUCACUUUUAAGGGGUUUUGAGAACCGAAGGAAAAGAAGACGUUCUCAAAGUAGAAGUGCUAUUACUUGUCUAUCCGAAUGACGUCUGUCAGUGCGUGUGUUUAUCGCCCUCUUUACAAUAGGUCAGUCGUUACCGCUCCAAUAGCAGUUAGACUACAAUAUUUACAAAAGGCUGAACAUUAACACGGUGUCCAAAAAAAAGGAGAAGUGUCCUCAUUAAAUGUGAUAUUCAGGCAUGAAACUCUGGUUAACAUUCACUUCAGUGUAACCCAGUGCAACACCCAACUAUUUAGUACUGCUACUACUUAGUGCACUUUUUAUUUUUUCUGUCCAUCUCAUGUAAAUAUUUUCAUGUUUGUGUUUGUUCUGAUUUACUGUAUGUAGUUUGUCAAAUGUCUCCAUAACUGUCUCACCCCCUGCUUUGAGUUUGGAUGUAGUUCCUUCUGUUCUGAGAUAUUUGCUGGCAAUCAAGAAUUGUUUUUAUUGAUUAAUAAAGUGUUUUUAUUUUCACCUGUGA